AGCGGAGGAUGAUGAUUUUGGAGGAAGAUGGUGGUCUUCCUGCGGUUGAGAACAAAGUUGGAACGAAUUUGUUUGAAUGGAGGAUUCAUAUAUGCUUGCAAAUACUUGAGAAGGAGAUGCCCUUCACAUUGCAUUUUCUCUCCCUAUUUCCCUCCCAAUGAUCCUCAAAGAUUCGCUUGCGUUCACAGAAUCUAUGGUGCUAGUAAUGUUGGAAAGAUGCUCCAGAAACUGCCACCACAUCUCCGAGCUCAAACGGCGGAUACUUUGUAUACGGAAGCAAAAUGUCGUAUUCAAGACCCAGUUUAUGGAUGUGUUGGUAUCAUCUCUCACUUACAUCAACAAAUACAUAUUGCAGAAAGCCAGCUAGCUAAAACCCAAGCUGAAAUUGCAGUUCUCAAUUCCAUUGCGCGUGAAGCCCAGGUUCAGGAAAUUGAAGCCGAUUCCAACUUCUUCAACAAUUUAUUGCCGGAAGAGAUCACUGCUGCUGGCCUGAGGUCCUAUGGCUAUGGCCCUCCUUCCACUCAAACUUUCAGGUUUAAUUAAGCAGAACUUGUUUCAAAUGCUGAAUAAUGGUUUGGUUUUUUAAAACCGACUUGUACAUCUUCCAAAUUACUAUUGGUCACAGGUUCACUCAAAUAAAGACUUUCCUGUUGCCAAAAGGGGAAAAAAAAGGGUCUUGAAUUUUUUUUUAAAAAACCAAAUCUUGAUUGUA